GAAGAAAAUAGAGUAGCAACAGAGUUUAAAUGACAGUAAAUUAUGACGCAACUGUCACGAGAGGUGGUCACAUAAUCUGAAACGAGACUCGGAGGGAAGUGUCGCAGUUUGCCGUCAUGUUUCAUCACCCGAGUUCACAAGUUCAAAGCUGCCAUGCUGAGAAGAGGCAGGAACGGCCGGGUUCGGCAUUUGGCCUGGAGCGAAACACGACAGGAGACAGAUGCCAUGGCGGUGAUCCAGACAUCAGACAGGGAGGAAUGGGAAGGACAGACGACGACACAGAUCAGCGACCUGGACUCUGAAGUGGAUUACCUGCAGAGUUCUCAGAAUGAAUCUGAGGUGGUGGCCUUGCCCAGUACUGUGCCGGUGGUAGGGGAGUCUUUCUGCCAGUGCGACCGGCAGGAGGAGCUCAGGCCAGGCUUCAGUGUGUCCAGUGACUGCCUCUGUGGGGAAGAGGAUCAGGGUUUUGACUGGGAGUGGGAUGAUCACUUCAAGUCUUCCGGUGCUUUCCUCAGCUGUGAUAACAGGAAAGUGAGCUUUCACACAGACUACAGCUGCGGCACAGCAGCCAUCCGCGGCACCAAGGAGCUCGCAGAUGGCCAGCACUUCUGGGAAAUCAAGAUGACCUCUCCUGUCUAUGGAACAGAUAUGAUGGUGGGAAUUGGAACCUCGGAGGUGAACCUGGAGAAGUUCAAAUACAGCUUUGGCAGCCUGCUGGGCCACGAUGAAGACAGUUGGGGGCUCUCCUACACAGGUCACCUCCAGCACAAAGGGGACAAAGUGAAGUUCUCCUCUAGGUUUGGCCAAGGCUCCAUCAUCGGAGUGCAUUUGGACACUUGGCACGGUACCCUGACCUUCUACAAGAAUCGGCACUGCAUAGGUGUCGCUGCCACUCGGCUGCAGAACAAGAAGUUCUACCCAAUGGUGUGUUCCACAGCAGCCAAAAGCAGUAUGAAGGUGAUCCGUGCCUGCUAUACACCCACCUCCCUGCAGUAUCUUUGCUGCACCCGGCUCCGACAAAUGUUGCCCUCCUGCCCAGACGUACCUAACGCUGUGGAGUUGCCCCCAGGCCUGCGCACCUUCCUCCACACACAACUAGGCUGGGUCUUCAACCUCAGCAGUGGCCCUGAAGCCUCGGAGCAGCACAGUGACUCGUGUGAGGAUUUCCAAGAGAAGAUGAGUCUGCCUUUGAACCGCAGCACCAGCCCCAUCCCCAUCCCCAUCCCAAGCCCAGUAUCCAGCCUGAGUGCCUGCGCCUCCCCGAGCCCCUGCACCAGUCCACUUCCUGACACAUACCAGUGCAGCUGUCGAAUGUCACCUCAAACUCAACCCUGCACUUGCCACUGCCCUCCAACUCCUCCCAGCAGUGACUAUGAUAGCUGCUGCUCCGAGCCAGAGGAUUAUCAGUGCAAAAGAUGCCGCUGGACAUGACUUUAAAAUACAAAUUAUAUUCGCAAGUGUUUGGCACACAGCUUUUCUACUAUUGCCAUCAAAGUCUCCUGUUGGGAAUCAUGGAGAUACGAGCAAUCUCAUCAUUUAACCAAUAUUGCUUGAUUAACGUUUCUCUUUUUUUCAACCAACUUUUGUAAAUGAACGGGGAGAAAAGAGUGAGCAUGUAGUGAGUGAGACCUUUUAAGGACGCUGAGAUAUAUAAGAGUGACAUCUGGGUCAUUCAUUUAUUCUCAUUUUAACAAGAGGCAUUUGUACUGCUCUGAUUUUUGUUUUUCAUGUUUUAAAAUAUGAAAGUCACAGUCUUAAGAAGGCCUAAUGAUUAUCAGAUUAGACUCAAACAAAAAAACAAAAACACGAUGGAAAUAUUGUGUACACUUAUUGUUUUUCUCAUGGGUAGACUCCAGAGGGUAAAGGAUUUGCUUUUUGAUACCGUGGAAAUGGCUUUUUGUACAGUAAAAAUGUGUUUUGUAAUCAAUGUUUCUGGCUUAAAUAUAAACAGCGGUUGUGUUCUUGCUUACAAGAUGAUUUGUUGUUUUUCUAUUUAAACCUCUGCUUUGUUUAUGAACUUUCUUACUCGGGAAUUCUCUCCAAUAAAUAAAAAUGAAAAGUUGUGAUGCA